AUGAGCGACUCAUCUGUACCAAAUCUUCGCAGCAUUGGGACGAGCGUUAGCAGGGACAAUGGAGAGAUAGGUGGCAAGGACAAUAGUCUUCCGGAUAGUGGCAGUGUAUGUUCGCCAGAGAUGGUUCCGGAUACUGGCUCGCUGGCCACCGUCGAACGCUCUGCUCGCGGUUCAGGAACGCCAGAGAGCGAUUCGAGCGCCUCUGUCCAGGCGACUGCCGGCUCUCCUACAUCUCCAUUGACUAGAUUCCUGGACUUUUACGAGGACGACGCUCAGUCUAGUCCCAGCUCUGAGUCGGAGCGGUCUAGCAGUAGCGAAUCGGCGCAAAGAGGCACCGACUCUCCAGCGCCCUCCAACAUCUGCGAACGUUGUCAUCAGAACCUAGACACGCCAAUCCCAAUCCCCGUCCCCGUCCUUCGCCAUCCCCGUUUCAAGACUGCACGGCGCGGUCGGUUCCCGCCGUACACCAGCCGAACGAGCAACGUCGGGCGACGCAGCACCGACGAUGCUUCCGAUAGCGGCGCCGAUGAUGAUUCCGACAGCGGUGCCUACGACGAUUCAGACGACAAUUCCGACGAUAAUUCCGACAACAAUUCCGACAACAAUUUCGACGACAAUUCCGACAGCGGCGCAGACGAUGAUCCCGACAACGGCGCCGACGCUCUCAGUGAUAGACAAAAUAGCCAAGAUAGCGAUGAACAUAGCGCAGGCGAUGAUCUUGAGGUCGGCGCUGACGCUCUGGGGCAGAGCGACGGUGGGGGCAGCUACAACGGCACUAGUGCAAGCGCUGAUUCCGAGGGUAACGAGGGCGGCAUCGGCACCCCCAACACCGGCAUCGGGGAUGCUGCUCGUGUCAGGGAUCCGCGCUCACCUCCGCCAUCCUAUGAGGAGGCCGUGUCCAGUGCUGGCGCCUUAUCGAGUCUUCGCCCCAUGUCGUAUGCUGAGGCCGUUUCCACUGCUGGCGCCUUAUCGAGUCUUCGCUCUAUGUCCUAUGCCGAUGCUUUAUCGUCUAUAUUGUCUGGUCGCCGCCUGGUUCACCCAGUCGAGCGCCAGCCUCCCGCUACUAUGCCCCCUGCCUGGCAGGGUGGCACUGACGCAUCGUCCUCGACAUCCAGGUUGACGGCGGUCUCCAGCCGUGUUCGACAUCGACAUGCGCCUUCAGACGAUGAAGUUGAGGCUGCCCGUAACCGUGCAGAAGCUGGCCCGGCGCCCAAGAGGAUGCGCCGCGAUGAUUGGAAUUGA